CUAAGCAACGACAAAAUUGCGUUAUUAAUGUCAAUGAGCCAAGUCUCUUCAACAGUGUAGCUUGCUAGUUUUUUCGCCACCUGUACUGGUUCUGAGUUUUAGUUUGUGGUUUUCAUUCGUUCAGAAAGAGUCUGGAGACAAGUCUACAGUGUGUUUAUGAUCGUAAUGAGGAUGAUACUGUAGCUGAGUGUGAUUUAUAUCAACAAAGCGCUUUAUUUGUUCACUUUCAGUCGUAGUUGUCCUCAGGAUCAGUGAUUGAGAACAUAACGUUAGCUUGGAGCCUCAGCAGCGGCGGACACUGAAGCAGAACUUGAAGAGCCUCAAUGGAGCUGCAGAAUGAGGAGUGAAGGCUGUGUGUUUGCUGGAUGAUCGGUAGCUGACGUGAGCUGGACUGAAGCUGAUGGCUGAUAAUGUGCCGUGUGGUCUGCUGGAGGCCUGUGUGCUGCUUGGAGUGUCAAACGAGCGCCUGAAGGAGCUGUGCCCGGGUAAAGAUGCAGAUGUGUUGGUGGAGGCGGAGGUGCUGCAGGUUCACGCUCCACCGUUUAUAACAAAGGAUCGCUCUUGUAACGGCGGCGUAGACCAGGGCGUGGCUCCGGCCUUUAGCCGAGUCCAGAAGAGACGCUCCUUCAAGAAGAAGAAGAGAGAGCGGCCGGUGUCAACCCUCAGCAACUCCAGUCAAGCCAGUGAAUCUGAAGAGCUGAGCGUCCCGCAGAACAUUGAUCUGAUCGCCCUGCCACAGCUCUGCUUUCCUGAUGGGUUGAGAAUCACCAAUGAGAGCAGAGAAGACUCGUAUCACUUCCUGGUGUUCACGGAUGUGUUCGGGAAUCAGACUCAUGGUGUGGUCGCUCAGUACUGCAGACCUGUACAGUUCCAGCAAGAUAAUGUGAUUUAUGCAAACGGCCAUCGAACCAACGAACACAAGCGUCUGUACACCACAUUCAGCAUAUGUGUGAUCUCCAAAUAUCCCUAUUAUAACGCCCUCAGAGACUGCCUGUCCUGUUUUCUGUUCCAGAUGAAGACAUCCCGUGUGUCUGACUUUGAUGAGCAGGUGAAGGAGUUUUCUGCCAAACUGGCGCUGGUGCCCAUCCCUCCAUCUGGACCACUGCAUGUGGUGUUUAAUCUCAGACCGCUUCAGAUUGAGCUUCCCUCCAGACUGGAUGUGGAUCGACCCGUAAUGGACCUCGAUCUCCAUCUGCCAUUUCUGUGCUUUAAACCCAAGCAGAUCCUGCAGAUCAUCAGCAGUAUCCUGAUGGAGCAGAGAGUGGUGUUUCUGUCCACAGACUGGGCCAAACUCACACUGGUGUCCGAGUGCUUCAUGAUCUUUAUUCACCCUCUGCGCUGGCAGCAUCCGUUUGUGCCCGUCCUGUCCCGACAGAUGCUGGACUUCAUCAUGGCGCCCACGGCCUACCUGAUGGGCUGCCACACGUACCACUUCCAGGAGGUGGCAGAGGAGAUUGAGGAUCUGGUGCUGAUAGACAUUGACCAGGGAACAGUGUCGUCUUCAACAUCAGACAGAUUUGAUCUUCCAGACGUGCCGCUUGCAGCCAGAGAUUGUUUUAUAUUCCGCUGUGGGGGUCUGCAGCUCCACUAUGAUCUGGAUGUGUGCGGCUCCAGCAGUCAGACUGAUGUGAAUGAUCUGCGAGCUCACAGAAGACUCUGGCAGCGCAAACUCAACUCCAGCAUCCUCAACAUCAGCAUGGAGCUCAUCGUCAACAUAUUCAGUGAGGUUUGUGAUUUCCUGAACUAUGAGCAUCGAGUUUUCAACAGCGAGGAGUUCCUCAGGUCCAGAGACUCCACCGACUCUGCCUUUUACAGAAAGGUUUUAGACACUCAUAUAUUCCACUCGUUUCUGCGGGAGCGUUUGAACAGAAAGAAUGACGCAUUCACUCGCAUGCAGCUCAACAUCCGCUCAGAGACUCGCAGGCUGAAGAUUAUGACCGAGUCUCCGCGCAGACCCACGAUGGAGGAGAUCAACCGUAAACACCGAGCAGAGAACGGCCUGAAUAAGCGUUUGGGGAUGAGCAUGCCGAACCUGGCGGACUCUCGAUCUCUCACCGUACCCAUCCGACAGAUGUCCAUGAUGUCAGUGAGGAUGCCUUUACAGAUGGGUUCCUGGAGUCCUAUAAAGCCAGUCAAAACCUUCAAACUCCCAGAAUUCCCUCCACCACUGGCCUACCACUAUGUACAGAACUACUACCACGAUCUGAUUGGGCAGUUGGACAGAUCCAUCUCAUCUGCUUCCCCAGACGACUCUGCUCUCUUGGCCCGCUAUUAUUACCUGCGUGGACUGGUGAAUUCUGUGACUGGACGACAUGUGGACGCCCUCGCAGACUUCCAGAGCUUAUAUAAGACGGACAUGGAGAUUUUUCCUGCGCAGCUUCUGAACACUCUGGUGGAGGCUCUGCCUGUGGAGGAAAAGAGGAUUGCGGAGCGCCGCACCGAUCUGAAGCGUCUCAUGAGCAGGGUGAGGAGGGAAAACGAAAAGGACCGAGCGCGGCUGGUGGACGGCGGGACGGUGAAGAGGUUUGAGCUGCCCAAAAAACACCUGCAAAAGGAGGAUUUUGUGCGGCGCGUUCAGGAGUCGGGAAUCGUGAAGGAUCUGGAGACCAUCAAGAGGCUGUUCGAGGCACUCACUCUGGGUGUGGAGGACUCGUGCCGGUCUGUAUUUUACCUUGAGCUGGAUGGUCAGGUGAAGCAGGUGGAUCCAGAAACCUUCCGCUUCUUCUACAACUUCUGGAAGGAAACGGAAGCGGCGGCGCAGGACGUGGAUCUGCCGGCCGUCGUGUUGGAGCAUCUGGAGAACGAUGAGUGUGUUUACAAAGUCUCGUCAUCUGUAAAAACCAGCCACGGUGUGGGGAAGAUCGCCAUGACCCAGCGCAGACUCUUCCUGCUGACGGAGGGACGACCCGGAUACGUGGAGAUCACCAAAUUCAGAGACAUCGAGGAUGUAAGGAUUUCCUCUGCCCCGUUCCUCCUCCUGAGAAUCCCAUCACUGAAGAUCAGGACGUCCCUCAGGAGGGAGUCAUUCGAGGCCAAUCUGAAGUCCGAGUGUGACCUCUGGCACCUGAUGAUCAAAGAGAUGUGGGCCGGGAGGAAGAUGGCGGACCAACAUAAGGAUCCUCAGUUUAUGGAGCAGGCUUUGACUAACGCUCUUCUGAUGGACGCUGUGGUGGGCAGUCUGCAGUCUCAGAAAGCCAUCUACGCUGCCACUAAACUGGCUUACUUUGACAAGAUGAAGUCUGAGGUGCCCAUGAUGGUCCCCAAAACCACCUCUGACACCCUGAAGCACAAGAUCAACCCGUCUCUGGACCAGACGAGUCCUCAAGCAGUGGACGUUCUGCUCUACACUCCAGGUCAGCUGGGUGUGUCAGAUGUGGACGGUGGUGGGAACCCGAAGCUGUGGUGUGCUCUGAGUGAUGGGAAGCUGCUAGUUUUUGACGCCGCCAGCUGGUCCAUGCAGCACAACUCUGUUCAAGUCGGGACGUCCCGUCUGACGUGUAUGCUGGCAGUGAAUGAGCAGCAGCUGUGGAUCGGCUCUAAAGAUUCCUUCAUCUACAUCAUAAACCCGCGCAGCGUCUCCUGCAAUAAACAGCUGACGGAGCAUCGCUGUGAGCUCACCGGGCUCGCCCUGGAGGAGAGAGCCGACAAAUUCAGCCAGACGGUGGCGUACUCCUGCAGUGAGGACUGCAAUGUGAUCGUGUGGGACGUUUCCUCACUGCAGGUCAGACGGCAGUUCAGAGUGUCCUGCGGCCGACUGCAGUCCAUGCACGUCCACAACGGCAUGCUGUGGUGCUGUGGUCGUGAUUGUGUGCUGGAGGUGCGCAGGAACGGCUCGGUUCACCGUCGGAUCUCUCUGCCCGAUCACCUGCUGAGCUCACCAAAGGGCUUCAGCAGUUUCCUGCUCUUUAAUGAGUCGGAGCAGCUGUGGGCUGGUUUUGCGGAUGCGGGUGAGCUGUGUGUUUGGCACUGCAGAGACAUCAGCAAACCCUUCAUCAGGAUUCAGCUCAAAGACUGCGCCGCCGUCACCUGCAUGAUCAGGGUCAAGAACCAGAUCUGGGUCGGCGGUUACAAUGGCAGCGUCACAGACAGACGAGUGCGAGGGAAGAUCUACAUAGUAAACACGGACCGAUAUACAGUGGAGAAAGAGCUGCAGGCCCACGCCGACGCCGUUCAGACCAUGUGUUCAGCCGAAGACCGAUAUGUGCUCAGCGGAGCCGCACAGGAUGAUGGGAAAAUCGGCAUCUGGAAGGUGGAGUAGAGGUGAAACUACAGCAUACAUUCAUUCAGGAAGUGUUCACGCUCAACAGCUUUGAGGAAAUUAAAGGGACAGUACAGUCAUCAUUCACUCAUCCUCCAAACCUGUUGGAGAUUCUGUCGAACACAAAGGAAGAUAUUUUGAAGAAUGUUGGAAGCUUCCAACUAUUGACUUCCAUUGUGUUCCUAUUAUAGAUGUCAAUGGCUGGUUUUUCCAACAUUCUUCAAAAUAUCUUCUUUUGUGUUCAACAGAUGCAAGAAAUUGAUUGAAGUGUUGAAGCACUUACUACACUAACUUAGCUUGUAUAUGAACGCAACAUGAACCAAAGACUUAUAAUAAAUCAGUAAAGACAUGAUGCCACAGCAAUGCAUAAUCCCAUCAGAAUCCUCAAGCAUACCUGUUUCUUUUUUGUUUGUUUGUUUGUUUGUUUGUUUAUUGUUUUUCAAAGUGCAAAAAAGUUCAAUAUAUGCAUUGAAAACCUUGUGUGUGAUUAAGGAAAUUCUGGUUUAAUAAUAUAAAUUAACUAAAGUAGUUUUUAAACUAGUAUUUAAGUCCAUUCCCUCUGUUUUUGUUGGCUAUAAUAAGGUGUAAACACAGGCUAACAUGUAAAAUGAACAGCCUCUGUUGUCUUGCAUCUAUACAAAUGAGAGGAAAUGUAAUGCAUUCGUGUAAAAUGAACAUAUGCAAUGCAAACACACACACACACACACACACACACUGCCUGAUGGGAAAUAUGCCAUAUUACUGUCCAGAGCAUGCACACUUUCACAUUCAAGAUGCUAUGAGCUUUUGGCUUAAUACUUACUACUGUAAACGAUUAAUCACAUCCAAAAUAAAAGCUAAUAUUUACAUAAUAUACAUGCUUAUUAAGUGUGCGUACCGUGCAUGUUUAUUUUGUCUUUAUAUAAAUGCAUAUAAUUAUAAAUAAAUACACAAGUAGACUUACAUAUUUUUAUUUUGAUGUACAAAUGAAAUAUUUAUAUCUAUCACAUAAAUAAAUAUAAAUAUUAAAAGAAAUUUGCAUUUUAUAGAGUUUAUAUAUGCACAAUAUUUAUGCACCACGAACACACACACAUUAUGUAAACACAACCUCUUAUUGUGGAUGGGAUUGAUCAUUUGACAGCUCUAAUUUUGACACUAUGAUGAAUCGCUCAGUGUUUUAUCAGUAUUUAUGAACCUCGUUGGUGCCUGAAUAUGAUUUAUGAUGGAUCAUCAUUUAUGAUGAUGAUAUGCGAUGGUUUUUAAUGAGCCAAAAAUGCCAAACUCUGGAAGACGUCCAGUGUAAAUGUUUAUUAUUGCACAAAUGGCUGGAGCUGACUGGCUUGUUUUAAUAUGUCUGUAUUGCAUGACAGGCCUACUGUACAUCAUUAUUGUUUUAACAAAAAAAAAAAAAAAAUCACUAAUUUGUGUAAUCACUCCGUCUCAUUUUAUCUGCAAUCUCCUCUUCGAAAUGUCAAAUGCACUUUACUCUCCAACACUAGUUCUCUUGUUUACCGAUUAUACAUUUGACUCUUCAGUUUUGUUUUGAGUCAAAGACGAACAAUGAGCCUCAACCAAGCCAUGGGACACAAUGAAGGAUUUACUGUCAGUGCAAAUGCGUUUGUGUAAAUAGUUGUAUAUUAACUUUGUUUUACUUUUUUUGCAUUUGUUCAGAUGUUAUUUUCAAAGGGUUUAGAUUAUGAAUAUAAAGGGAAAUUAACAAUGACUUAUGUAUUUAUUGUGUGUAAACAAAAUCACUUGAAUUAAACUUGUAGUGUUAUUUGC